AUGCUGCAACGCUAUCCCAAAGAGUCGCCGGUAUCCAACGCCGUCAGUUCCGAUUCAAAGAUAUCGUUGACCAACCUGAGAACUACCUCGUCUUCGCUGGUAACACCGAAGCAGACCAUAUCGAUCGGGGACAGGACGGCCAUAACACAAGAGAAGAAUCCGGAGGAACCUCGGAUCGCGGCUGCGAAGUCCUCGUCGACGUUCGUGAAGACCGACCAGAAGCUACCUGUCGUGGACAUCACGUGGAAUUACAGUUCGUACCGUUUUGAGACGUUCAAAGCGUGCCUAAGGAAUCGUUACGGUGACAGGUACCCGCCAGGAGAGGUGGUGUUGAACUCGAUGCAGCUGAAUCAGUUGGACUCAAACACGGACAUGGGUGUGCGCCUGGCCGGUCUGUUCGAUUUCCUGAGAGAGGACAGCGAGCCGCAGUUGAACUCGAGGAAGAUGGAAAUUGAGUAUCUUAAUCCGUUGGAUCACUUUGUGGCGAAACAGGUCGACAGACCGGCGACAGUCGAGAGAUUCACGGAAACGGAUGAGCAGGAUCGCUGGCACAAUACGGUGUGGAGCCAGCAGGAGGACACUAUCGCGCCGGUAAUCACCGGUGGAGAAAAGAAUCAGCCGAAUCGGAGAUCUUGCAGGAAGAUCCAGCCGCCUUGCAGAUGCUAUUUGUCCACGUCCAGGCGUGUCUAUGGGACGAAUGACUCUUGA